CGCUUUGUUUUAUAUGUGAUCACAACUUUAGUGUGAAUUGCCGACCAUGAAAGGUGUUUAUAUUGAGUAACGCAAGAAUGCAUUCUUUCUAGAGGACAUUAGGCUACAUUUGCCUAUUUGACAUUCAGGUAUAUCUUCCUCUUUUCACCAUACUUGAAUUUGUUCUCGGUUUACGGGUAGACACCUACCCUUACGCAUUCACUCAUUCACUACUGCUAGUAUCCAAGCACCCAUUCCCCGUCAAGAUUAUGAGCUCAAGAAUUGGGCCUCAAAGGUCUACGAAAACUGCCGCAAAACUUAGAUUACUACCUUCAACAGAAGAAUUCGCUGACUUUAGACGACAGGACACCGGUCGUGAAGUAUAUUCACAACUUCCCCAUAUUGAAGGAUCCACAGCUAGAAAAGAUGCAGAAUAUUUAGGGAAACGACAUCGUGAUCAUUUACCUCGUGUAACUGCUUACUGUACAUGUGAUACUUUUCGGGUAGAUUUGCUUUUCAAGUUUUUCCAAUCUCGUCGAAGUAGCCAUAAAACAAGACCUAAACAGUUUGAUGAAUGCAUAUAUAGCCCAUACAGCUAUGGCAGUGAAGAAACCGUAGACUUACUUGGAGACGACAUUGAACCAGACGGGAAAUCUGCUGGCGGUGGCUCCACUACAACUCAUGAUACCAUCCACAAUGACAUCUUUGAGACAGGGUUAGACAGAAAUCAGCCCUUGUUUCGAGAAGUAUUUUGUUUUAGCUACGGAGUGGUUGUACUAUGGGGAUUUACAAUCGAAGAAGAACACCGGUUUUUACGAGAAUUAAGUCGUUUUGAAAUUGAAAAACUAAAAAUGGAUGACAUUGAAGUCGAAGAGUUUAAUUAUUACGUUACUAAUCUUUAUCAACCAAGAAUUUUUAAUGACUUUAUUGCUCUGAGAGACGCCUCUAAUUACAUGAUUCGUUUGUCUAUAUCCCAUGCAAUAGCACAAUCAGUUAAAAUUUCUCUUUUCGAAGAGCUCGUCAACGAAACAAUUGAUGCUACCAAAGAUACACCACAGAUGAUUGCCGAGUCUGGUAGAAUUAAACUGAAAAGGGAAGAGAUUAUGAUGGCUGUCGGCCAGUUAUUUAUUUUACGAAUUAAUAUCAAUUUACAGGGAAGCGUUUUGGAUAGUCCCGAGUUAAUGUGGACAGAACCGCAGCUUGAGCCUAUUUACACAGCAGCAAGGUCUUAUUUAGAAAUCAAUCAGCGUGUUGCUCUGUUAAACCAGCGUGUUGAAGUAAUAGGUGAUUUAUUAUCUAUGCUAAAAGAGCAAAUCACGCAUACUCACGACGAAUCUUUAGAGUGGAUUGUUGUAAUACUUAUGGCUUUGCUUGUUCUCAUUGCCAUCUUUAGCAUUUUGGUUGACUUGAGGUUUUUCAAGUAGUUGGGUAUAGGUCGUUUUAUCAAUAAUUUAUUUAUUUUUUAUGAAAAAACCA